AUGGCGGCCACCAAGCAGGAGUCGCAGAAGAUUUUCGAGAAGCUCAAGACCAAGCCCGCCAACAAGAUAUGCUUCGACUGCGGCGCCAAGAACCCCACCUGGUCGUCGGUGCCCUUUGGCAUCUACUUGUGCCUCGACUGCUCCGCCAACCACCGUAACAUGGGCGUGCACAUCUCCUUUGUGCGCUCCACCAACCUCGACAUCUGGCAAUGGGACCAGCUCCGCCUCAUGAAGGUCGGCGGCAACGAGUCGGCCACCAAGUACUUCCAGACCAACGGCGGAACCGCCGCCCUGAACAGCAAGGACCCCAAGGCCAAGUACAGCUCCAACGCCGCCACAAAGUACAAGGAGGAGUUGGCCAGGAGGGUUACUCUGGACAAGAAGCAAUUCCCUGAGGAGGUCACCAUCACCGACGUGCCCGACGUCGAGACCUCCGGCUCCAACACUCCCGCCGGCGACGAGGACGAUUUCUUCUCGUCCUGGGACAAGCCCACCAUCAAGCGCCCCAGCAACCCGCCCUCGCGCACCGGCACCCCAGCCUCCGGCAGCCGUACCGCCUCGCCUUUCCUCAACGCUUCCUCCAACGGCAACGGCACCGCCCGCUCCAAGUCGCCGCUCUCCGCCGGCGCCGACUCCACCCCUGCCGCUCCCCGCGCCGUUCCCGCAUCUGCCAUCCGCAGCAAGACCACCACCACAGCGAAGCCAAAGGCCAACAUCCUCGGCGCAAAGAAGAAAGGUCUGGGCGCAAAGAAGGUCGUGGCGAGCGGCGGAGAUGGUCUCGAUUUCGAGGAGAUGGAGCGCAAGGCAAAGGAAGAGGCCGAACGCAUUGAGAAGCUGGGAUACGAUGCUGAAGCCGAGCGCGCGGCCGCGGAGGAGGCCGCAAAGGCCAAGGAGGCUGAGAGCCGCGCCAACAUCGUCAGCCCGACGCCCGUGAGCCCGCGCGGCGGGUUUGGCUCCACCAGCAAGGAGCGCAACAGCGGCGACGUCGAGCGCCUGGGCAUGGGUGUCGCAAGGCUGGGUUUCGGCCAGGUCGGGUCCAGCAAGCCUGCUGCUGCGCCCAAGAAAAUGGGCGGUUUUGGCUCUACGAGCCGGGCGGUUGAUGAUGAUUCCGAACGCUUCGCUCGCCAAAAGUUUGGCACGCAAAAGGGCAUCUCAUCCGACGAAUUCUUCGGUCGCGGCAGCUUCGACCCUUCUGCACAGAACGAGGCCAAGACGCGCCUGCAAGGUUUCGAGGGAGCGACCUCCAUCAGCAGCAACGCAUAUUUCGGACGGCCUGAGGAGGACGGUCCUGCUGGUGAUGACUACGGCGAUCUCGAAAACGCGGCUAAGGAUUUCGUGCGGAAGUUUGGAAUCACAGCUGGCGAUGAUCUGGACAACCUAUCGAACCUGUUGGGAGAGGGCGCAACAAGGUUGCAGGGCGCCAUCCGCAACUACCUCAACAGCUAG